AGAACACUUAUUGGGGGUUUACCUAGUAAUCUUAGGUCCCUAACCUAUCUAAGGAGGAUAUCCUCUUCCUUUCCCUCCCCCUCCUCCCCCUCCUCCCCCUCCCUUAUUCUUGAGAAGCCCAUGGGUCAAUAGUUACCAACUAUCAGGCACCAUGAAAUAUUAUCCCUUGAAACACUAAAGAUUAUACUUCAAUAUAUGUUAGGAGGUUUCUUGAUAAAUUCUUAUUAAAUAUGACAGGGCCAAAUGUCGAUAACUUUCAGCGGGCUCUUAAUCGAUUUAAGCAAUCUAUCACCCCAGAUCUCGCUAAAGAAUUUUCCAUCUCCUCACUGUCAGAUGUAAAACAAGUCUGUAAGGAAAUUCAACAGAAGCAUGGAAGCGAGGGGAAAUUACGAUAUAUGGGUCGACUCAGGGGUUUCAUUGAAGCAAUGGAACAAUUCGGAAAGGUAAUUGAAAUAUUUGUGAACGCCAGCGAGCUCGUAUGUUUCAUAUGGGGGCCUAUCAAAUUCAUUCUUCUCACAGCUAGCACACAUAUCAGUUCUUUUGAUAAACUACUUGAUGCGUAUGCGCAAAUAGGGGAUGCUAUCCCUGGCCUUGAGUGCUACUCGAAGACCUUCGCAGAACAUCCCCCUUUAGCUACGGUACUCGAAGACUAUUAUUCAGAUAUCCUAGAGUUCCAUCGCAUAUCUAUUACUAUCUUCAAACGGCCCACAUGGAAAGAUAUGUACCAUUCCAUAUGGAAAACAUUUGAUAGCAAAUUCGGUCCAAUUUUGCAUAGCUUGUGCAAGCGAAGAGAGUUAUUGGAAAGCGAGAAAAUCUCGGCAGCUCUCUACGAGAUUCACCGGUUGCGUAAAGAUAUUUCGUCAAUGUAUACGGAAAAUCAACAGAAGAUGGAUGAAGAACGCCUGGAGAAGCACAGGGGACGGGUAUCCUACAUCAGAGAAAAGUUAGAUGCUCCAAACUAUGAAAUUGACCAAGAGAUGGCUACGGAAAAUAGACUUAUCGACAGUUCAGGGGAAUGGGUUUUGGAGAAUGAGGAGUUUCAAGCUUGGGAUAACCACAUUUUGGGACACAAUAUCCUAUAUAUCAACGGGAUCCCAGGUGCAGGUAAAACAACUUUAGUAUCGACAGUGAUUAGGAAGCUCCUAGACAAUAGGUAUUCCGGGACGGUUAGUCACUGUGUUGCCUACUUUUAUUUCAAGUAUCGGCAGACUGGCAAAGAUUCACACAAUAGUCUUCUCCGCGGCAUUUUAGAUCAGCUCAUCGCCCAGGACCCCGCCAUGUCGGAUCAUCUAUUCAGUAAAAUAUCGGCAAUGGAUCCAACAUCGCUACGGCUGACAAGAACGCUAGAAGGGCUUGUGAAGGAAGCCCUGGAAAGUCAUCAAAUUUGCUACAUUGUGAUUGACGGCCUCGAUGAAAGCGUCCCUAAAGAGGCGGAGAGAUCGGUACAAUGGUUAUUAUCACUCAUAAAAGGACGCUCAGAGAACACUACCACCUCAUUACGCAUUUUGCUUUGCGGCCAGCGGGAUGGUGUCCUGGACAAACUUCUUGUCGAUAAGCCAUCCAUAACUCUAGAGAACACCGCCCAUACCAAGGAUAUCGAAAGAUAUUGCUUACAUUUCUGCGAACGAAUAGGAGACAAGUUCGCCAUUUCCGACGAGUUUCAAAAAAGCAUCGCUGUCCGUGUUACGAAUAGCGCAAAGGGAAUGUUCCUCUACGCCCGUGUGGUCUUAGAGAACCUUUUGAAUCAAACAAAGCUCUUCGGCUUGAAAAGAGAACUGCAACCGGGCACAUUUCCGGAAGAAAUUGAUAAAGCAUAUGGAAGAAUAGCUGUGCGCAUUUUCGAAGAGUCUUCUCCUUCUGAACGUGAAGAUGCCAAGAAGAUAUUGGGCUGGAUAGUUUUUGCUGCACGGCCCCUUCGAUGGCGCGAGAUACAGUGUAGCUUCUGUAUUAUCCCGGAUAAUGGGGUCGUUGAAUAUGAAGAUCAAAGGCUCAGAGUUACAUGCAAGGAACUCUGUGGAUCCCUUGUCGAUGUGCAUCCUACAAACGAUGCAAGAGACAACCCGGAGUGUAUCGUUAGUAUUGUUCAUGAAACAGCCCGAGAGUAUCUUAUUCAAAAGAAUUUGCUCAACACUAGGCUCGAACAGGCCAGAAUUACUUAUUUCCUCUCGAAAUAUCUGACAUCUGGACCAUUUAAGUGUGGAGAUGACGAAAAGAUGGUUUAUAACCACGCUAUCAACGGAUACUAUGGCCUUCAAGACUAUGCUAUCCAGUAUUGGUUCUAUCAUGCUAGGGAAUGUGCUGAAGUUACCGGGGAAAUAGGUCCAAGUACAUCCCAGAUGGCAAUAAGAGCGGUUGGAGCUCUUCUUAAGUAUUACAGCUCUUUAUUGAAGCUGAAUGAGCACGAUACGGCCUAUGACGAAGAAAUAAUCAAAAUUGUCAAAGACCUUCCUGAUGACGAAAAUAAGAGGAACACGUAUUUCACCAUCGAACAAUGGACAGUCCAGAUCAGGAAGACUAUAGAGACACUCAGAGACGAUAAUCUAGAUUCCGCAAAUCAGCAGAUAUUGAUGAACCUUUAUGGAUCAAUAGUCAUCUAUAAAUGUUCUAAACCAUGGUGCGAUUAUUUUACUACGGGAUUCGAAAGUAUUGAAGAACGCGAACGGCAUUAUGAUCGUCAUGAUCGUCCCUUUCGCUGUACUUUCGGGGAAUGUCCUGGAUAUGCAUUGGGAUUUGAUACUCAGCAGAAACUGAGCCAACAUGUGGAAGCCUAUCACCAUGAGACCAAUGAUGAAUUGGAGUUCCCUGAAGUCCGUCCCGAAAAGGCCUUAACAUUUGAGAAAGCUGUUGAGUGCGGUGACGUAGCUGCAGUUCGAAAAUUUCUCAAACAUCCGGGACACAUUCAUCGUCUAGAGUCUAGAUAUAACCCACUACAUAGAGCGGUACAAAAUGGUCACUUGGAAGUUUGCAAGUUGCUACUCGAAAGUGGUUUCGACGUGAAUAUAACCACCAAGAGUUCUUCUGGAAUGACACCAUUGCAUGUUGCGGUACGCAAGGAGAAUAUUGAAAUUGUUCACCUUUUUCUUACUCAGGAGAAAUGCUUACCAGAUAAAGUGGACGAAUCUGGAUGCUCGCCAUUUAUAAGUGCGUGUCGAGUCGGCAAUUUGCCCAUCGUCAAGCUGCUGUUUGAAACUGGGAAGAUGCAAGUUAAUCGACGCGCAUCUGACGGCGAUCACCACCCAAUGUCUAGAAUAACGCCGCUUGGCCAUGCUACUGAGAAAGGACAUUUCCCUGUUGUCCGAUAUCUUAUACAGAAGGCGAAGGUGAGUCCAGUUACUCGAGAGAUUUUAGCCAUUGCUCUUUCUCGGGGCUACGAAUCUCUCAUCCACAAAGAAUUGUUGCCGGCAAUUGCAACUUCGCCUCAGGAAAAUAUACAAGGGGACCCGUACGAGAGUGGCUUUCCUCUCGAUUGCGUAAAGCUGAGGACCAACUGGUUCGUAAUAUUCAAUCAACAUAGUCCCCGCCUAUUUGACGUCGAUCUACACCAUAUACCCCAAAUCACCCCGCCUAUAUCCGCCAUAUUUAGUGGAUGUGGUAAAUAUAUUGCUUCCAUCCAUGAAGAGGCCGUCCAGCUUUACGAUAUUACAACAAGAAAGGCCUACACGUUAAACAGUGGACCUGACAGCAGAGAUAUGUCCCUUCAAAUAUUUAGCCCGGAUAGUAAAUGGUUAGUUGCCGCCACCAAGGAGCGUGAAGUUUACAUUUGGGAUAUUACAAGCAGGCAGCUUCGACAUAAACUCAACGCUGAAAUCGGCCCUAUUAUGUCGAUCCAUUUCACCAAUGACAAACGUAUACUAGCUUCCCGCUUCCACGCUGAUGAGAUUCAAGUUUGGGACGUUGAUAAUCAUACUAUAGAAAUAACUAUUGAUGCAGGAGUCUGGUCUCGCCCCAGUGCGGUUACUAUAUCCCCGGACAAUAAUUUCCUAGUCGCGGGAUUCAUGCAAGAUGAAGUUCGAGUUUGGGACAUACAUACUGGACAUCUCGUUCAAUGCCAUUAUAUUGAUGGGAAUCGUGAUAUUGUAUCCAAUAUUUCCUUCUCUCCUUACGAUGAGAACGUAUUCCGUUGUACUACGGAAACUAUGUUUGAAGUUAGGACUCUAAAAUGUCAACGCCUUCAUAACAUAACCCCCGUGGUCAAAGGUUUCAGUCAGAAAUCUUAUAUCUUCCAGUCAGACUCUAAUGAUAUUUUAUUCGAAUGUAUAGACGGUGGCGUACAGCUCCGAGAUAUAAAAACUCGGAAUUCCUAUUUAAGGCUCGAAACUAUCAACAGUCAUACUUAUGAUAUGAAGAUAACUGCAAGUCUAACUGGAAACGUAUUUGCAACUUAUGGCGGAAAAGACCUUUUCAUCUGGUCAUAUUACAAACACGAAGCUAUAUCCAAUUAA